AUGCACCUGACAAAGCUGAUAGGGGCUGCUGCUUCUGAGCGAGCUCUAGUCCCCGCUGCUGCUGAUGCUGCUGCUGCUGAUGCUGCUGCCGAUGCUGCUGCCGAUGCUGCUGCUGAUGCUGCUGCUGCUGCUGCUGCUGCUGCUGCUGCUGCUGCUGCUGCUGCUGCUGCUGCUGCUGCUGCUGCUGCUGCUGCUGCUGCUGCUGCUGCUGCUGCUGCUGCUGCUGCUGCUGCUGCUGCUGCUGCUGCUGCUGCUGCUGCUGCUGCUGCUGCUGCUGCUGCUACUGCUGCUUCGGGUCAAACAGCUGCUGCUAUUGGAGCGUUUUCUGUUAAGGGAGUGGAAGGUACGUGUGGGUUGAUGAGCGAGGAGAGGGACGGAGGUGUGGGCAAUGGUGCUCCUGGGAGUGCAAAGAGGAGUGGAGCAGAAGGGGAUGGUAACGGGAGUGGGAAGGAAUUUGUUUUGAAUCGUAGUGGAUUACGAGAGGAGGGAGCAAGGGAGGAUGGGGAGGAGCAUGGGAGGAGUGGUUGUUGUGGGAAGAGGAGGAAAAAAGGACAACACGAGGGAGACACAGAGAAUGUGUCGGAAAGGGAAGAGGGGAGAGGUGUGCAAGAGCAAGAGGGGGGAGGAGUGCAGGAGGCGAAUGGCCUCGAGGAGGUGCUUUCAUGCAAGCAUGCGAAUGCUGACCUUCAAGUUGUCGAAGCCGGACCUGAAAAGGCUGGGAAUGACGCGAAAGUUGACAGUGAGCAAUUGCAGGUGGUUGGAGCAGAAAAUGACGAAGCGGGGCAGUUGCGGGUGCAGCCGCUGUCUCGGCGUGUGCUGCAGCGAGAGCCCCUGUUUGACCAGAUGAUCGCCAACUGGUACAGCGGAGACCAGCCACUCACCAAUCCACCGAUCCGCCCGUCUACUCUUUUGUCUUUCCCUUGUCUCAUCACACUGGCCUUGAAGGCCGCUCUUUUAUCCACAGGUCCUCCCGUAUCCCCAUGCCCCCACCUCCCAUGCCCCCACCUCCCAUGCCCUCCCCUCCCAUGCCCCCACCUCCCAUGCCCUCCCCUCCCAUGCCCCCACCUCCCAUGCCCUCCCCUAUCCCCAUGUCCCUAUUCGCAUGCCUUCCUUAUCCACAAGUCCACUUUCCCCAUGCCUUCUACUGUUCAGAUGUUCUUAUGCCAUCACCUGUCACUGCCAAGCAUUCAUGCAUCCACCACCCAUUGCUGA